AUGCUGCUCUUGAGUUGUGCGUAUUGCGUCCCAUUAAAUAAUAAUACUUGCAUUUUUCCCAUCUUUAGGGUCAACUUAUGGAUAAACAUGUACAUUAAAUAGGAACCUAAACCUCUCAUGAGCCUAGAGAUGGGGUCUACCUCAACGAGGGCCGUCGAUUAGAGGGGUUUAGCCUGGUGAUCGAACGCGUGUGAAUCCCAGCAUGCGCCGGCGAACGCAAAAGAUCUGUGGCCUCUGUGACUUGGCCCUUCGAGACGGAAAGAUGUUUUGAAGUGUUCAAAGCUGACCGGUCCCGAUCGCGUGCCCACGUUCUUAGGCGGCGGCGACCGUUGUCAUUGUUGCAUAUAAAUUACGAAAAUGCCCCGCACGCGAGGUAGGAAGCGGGAAACGUCGUAGAAGACUUCUACAAAAGCGCUCCCCUGCAGCCUCUCCAAUUGCCUCCUCUCCACUCUUCUUCUUCUUCUUCUUCGUCUUCUUCUUCUUCUUCGCUCUUCUGCAGCUUUUCCAACUGCCUCUUAUCUUAUCUUCUUCUUCUUCUUCUUCUUCGCUCCUCUCCUCUUCUGGUCACUUGAGGAGAAUUCUAGAGCUGUCGAGGUGCGGAGGGAAGGCGUAGGCCCGGAGAACCGAGUUGGUUGUGAGGGCUGCGGGGAGGUCGAGCAUGGGGCAGAAAUCGCUGAUCUACAGCUUCGUAGCGAGGGGGACGGUGAUCAUCGCGUCCUACGCGGAGUCAUCGGGGAACUUCAUCAGCAUCGCGUCACAGUGCCUCCAGAAGCUUCCGGCCAAGAACAACAAGUUCACCUACAACUGCGGCAACCAGACCUUCAAUUAUCUCGUCGAGGACGGCUACAGUUGAGUCUCGUCACCCAUCUAGUCUACUCAUUCGAUGGAUUCGAAGUGUUCUCCGGGCAACCGCACGGUUUUACCCGAUGCAACUUUGAUAUAUGAUGGCGAGCGUCAGUCGUUCCGUUUAUGGCGCAGGAACAGUCUUUCCACGCGUCGGUUUUGGGUCAAUAAUUAAAGUUGAUUUUUUUCAUUAACUACAUCGUUUCCGUAUUUAUUUUUUUCCCUUCGUUAGAGCAUUAUCCAUUUUAGAUGCGUCAAAGUAGCGUGAAUUAAUAGCUUUUCGUUCUCAUAUGGCAUCUUACUGAGUCAACAGACGCUUUAAUUUUUUUAUUGAUGAAUCUACUUCCUGGUUUUAAAUCCCUAUGGUCAUGUGUGAUAUUUUACGGGUUUUCUCUUUUGUUCAUGAUUUGGUUCAUGGUAUUGACCAUUUCUUUUUCCCAAAUUUUUGCUCAGAGAUAGAAACUUAUUCUUUAUUCUGCUCUAUUUAUAAAUUUUCACCAUCCAUCUCUCUGGUAGCAUCUGCUUUCCCCUCCCUAAAAUGCUUGUUAGAAUUGAUAUAUCUCUAUGAUCUGUCCUUGUUAAAAAAAAAAAAAAGUCCACCAUCCAUUUCUUGCUUUGGUUUUAGAUUGUGUUUCAUAACGAAGGACCUAAACACUGACUGGAUGCUUAAAUUCCUUUAGAAAAAAGAUUAUACUGUCUGGUACUCUGAUCAGCCCGAAGAAGUCGCCUUCCCUUUUAAUUCUUCGAAGUCAGGAGUGCAAUAGUGUGAGGAAGAUUUUUAAUAGCCCAUUAGACAAAUCCAAUUUUUAAAAAUCCAUUUUUUUAUAUGUACUUUAGUGUGAUUAUUAUGCUAUUUAUCUCUUAAUAGCCCAUUAGAUAAAUCUAAUUUUUAAAAAUCGAAACCAUCAAGCUUGGAUCACCCAAUAUAUUUUAGAAACCGUGAGGAUCUCUGUAAAACAAUUCAUAUACUUUGGCUCUAUGAUUAUUUCCUCUCUGUGUUUACUAAAUUUUUUAAACUAUAUGCACGUAUAAAUUGAUAAACCAGCUUAAGAUCUAAGAUUUAUGUGCUGGCCGUUGACAGGUCGUAUUUAAUAACGAUUUUUUUAUAACCAAGAAAAACUGAUAAAGAGUAACAACUAAUACCAUAAAUAUGCAUUCCAUGUGACAUCCGAAGCCUAUUCUGAGUGAUUCGAUGUUGUCAACCAACAUACAUAAAUCUCACCCUUUUGGUUUGAGAUUUCUGCUCAUUACAGUUGUUGCAACCAAGUCAUCAAAAUUGGAUUAUCAGUCACCAGUUUUACGUUAAUAAUGAUUAAGGGUUCUUUUUUGGUAAAAAAAAUACAAUUUUUGUCUAAGCUAUCUGCUUAAAGAAAAAUUAGAUGUUAAUAUUUUCUGAAGAACAUUAUGAAUAACAGAUAAAUAUUGAGUGAGAAGGUUAUCAUUCAUUUUUCCUCCCUCUCUCCUCCGAUACUGCCCAUGUCUUCAUUUCGAAAAUGAAAUUGCAUCAAUGAGGAAAUACCCAAUCUAGUAUUUUUUUCUAAGCUCUCUGGUUGACUUUGGCAGCAUAUUGCGUGGUGGCAAGUGAGUCAGUCGGAACACAACUCCCCAUGGCUUUCUUAGAUAGGGUUAAGGAAGAUUUCAUCAAGAGGUAUGGAGG